CUACCUUGGCGCAGUGUUUAGGUUAGGGCUCCCCAUUGGAGUAACUGGAGGAAAAACGGCUGUCUCUCUCGUCAGAAAAACUCGCAAGAAAACAACGUGGAGCCUCUCGGAUACAUCUCAGGAAACACCGACUUGCGGAGGUUUGAAUCCGAGCCGGACGUCAGAUAAAAGAUAAGAGUCGUAUCGAUGUAUUUUAGGCGAACUGAUUGACCACGGACUGUCACACACAGUCACAGGUUGCUAGCGGAGUUAACGCUAACCUAGCUAGCCUAGUUAGCUAGCUGCGGUUAGCUGUGUUUUCCAUUUUUUUUACCCGGGACUACAAGCAGCCAGCCGGGGGACUGAACAACCGGCCAGACAUUAGUCCAGACAGUCUGCUGUGUGAUUCAGGCAUGAUGUGGUGUUUUUUGGGACGUUUAUCAAGCUGGCCGGCUGGUAGCAUUGGCUGACUAAAGCCUAACGUUAGUCUCUCGGUGUCUCGCGACCUGGAUUUUUUUUUAAUUUUUUACUCCUGAAUGGUUUUUCCAUUUCUGUGUUUGGCUAGUUUUUCUUUAAAAAAUUUUUUUUUUCUAAGUGGACUUUGCCCUCAGGGUGUUGUAACUACCCCUUCCCUUCCUUCUCCAUUAAAUAAUAAUAAUAGUAAUAAUAAAAAAGCCUCUAUUGAUUCCUCUGUUGGAGAAUUUCCAAAAAACUUUGGAACUUUUGGGAGGUAGAAAGUUUGGGAAGUUGAGGAUUUUUUAUUUUUUUUCCGAGCCUGUGGAAAAAUGGAUGUGGGUAUAGAGAAGGAAUGCAGCGCCUUGGGAGGGCUCUUCCAGCUCAUCAUGAACGACAUGAAGGCCAGUUAUCCAACAUGGGAGGACUUUGUAACCAAAGGAGCCAAGCUACAGUCACAGCUCAGGACGACCAUCAUGGUGACCGGAGCCUUCCUGGAUGCUUUUCAGAAGGUGGCAGACAUGGCGACUGGGACCAGAGGUGCCACCAAGGAGAUUGGCUCAGCGCUAACCAGGAUGUGUAUGAGACACCGCAGCAUCGAGUCCAAGCUCAAACUGUUCACCACAGCUCUCUCAGAAGGUCUUGUCACUCCGCUGGAGUUGAAGAUGGAGGAGUGGAAAAAAGUGGCCAGUCAGCUGGACAAAGACCAUGCUAAAGAGUACAAGAAGGCCAGAGCUGACAUCAAGAAGAAAUCGUCAGACACUAUCAAACUGCAGAAGAAGGUGAAGAAAGGGAAGGACGAGGCGCGGGGCCAGCUGGACAGCGCGCUGCAGGACGUCAACGUGCGCUACGCCGUCCUGGAAGAGACCGAGAAACGGGCCGUGUGCAGAGCGCUGAUAGAAGAGAGGGCGCGCUACUGCAGCUUCGUCAGCAUGCUGAAGCCUGUACUGGACCAUGAGAUCAACAUGUUGGGUGAGGUGACCCACCUGCAGACUAUUCUGGAAGAUCUGACCAACCUGACAGCUGAGCCCAAUAAACUCCCAGCUGCCAGCGAGCAGGUGAUUUUGGACCUGAAAGGUUCUGAUUUCAACUACAGCUAUCAGACACCCCCAGCUUCCCCCAGUAACACUCUGUCCAGGAAGAGCAGCAUCAGCAGUAACUACCAGUCUGGAUCAGUGAGACACGUUCCCUCCUUGGACUCCAUCAGCUGUGCUGUCGAUGGAGUACACAUCCAGCGCUGCUCCUCCCCCUAUCUGCUGAUUGGCUGUGAUGAAACCGGGCGCUCCCUCAGCGAAGGGAACUCCCCCUCUCGCCUCGGUCGCCAGGGCAGCCGUGGCCGCUACGGUUACCACCCCGCGCUGAGCCGCCGCGUUAGCCGCAGGGAUAUGACCACCGUGAGGAAAAAAAAAACCUACAACUAUUGCAUUCCUCCCAACCCGAGUACCGUCCUGUGUCUUUACCAUUUGUCUUCCACCGGUUUAACUCUCCAUCUCACAUUACCUCCCCCCCGUUUGACCGUUUUAUUCCUCGUGUUUCCCAUCAGCUCACACUGAUUCUCUACCCUUUAAAGGUCCUAUGACAUGCUGCU